CUGCGGAAAUUUGGCCGCCGAUGGCUGAAGUUUUAAACGUUUGGCUCCUAUGGCCUUCCUAUCUCAACCAGCGGACGUCCUUCACCGACCAACAUUCCGCUUACGCUUCUUUUAGCGUCAAGAUCGUCGGUCCCUUUCCAUCUGUUAUUGGGUUUGGACCCCGUUGUUGAUUCUGCCUCAGUUUGUAACCACCUUUUUUUCUGUUUAUUCUAGUGGUUUGGUCUUCAAUAUUACUUUUCCUCGGGUUUUCGAGGUGCAGCGGCAGUCUAGUAAUAUCCUGUAGUAUAGCAUCCACAGUGAAACAAGCGGAAAUUGUUAAGUUGAAUUGCAAUUUGCUCCAAGAAUGUUGGGGGAUUCACCCAAUGCAUGCUCGAUGGAAGCGAUGAUGAAGUGUGGAGUCUACAGUUUCUUUCAUUCAUUUCCUCUAGCUUAUCGUAGCAACCUCAAGAAUCAGAGACUACAACCUUACAUAAUUUUGUAUAGGCCAGUCGCUCGGAACUUCAGAUUUAUUUGCCAUGGUAUUGAUUCUCCAAAUGCUGGAAUUAAUAGUUGCCAACAAUAUCUUCCUCCAUGGUUCAGUGUCGCUCCUAUGAUGGAUUGGACCGAUAACCACUACAGGACUCUUGCACGACUUAUAUCAAAGCAUGCAUGGCUCUAUACGGAAAUGGUUGUUGCGGAGACUAUUGUCCACCAACAAGAAAAUCUUGAUAGGUUUUUGGCUUUUCCUCCAGAGCAGCACCCAAUUGUCCUACAAAUUGGUGGCAGUAACCUGGAGAACCUUGCAAAAGCUACUGAACUGGCAAAUUCUUAUAAUUAUGAUGAGAUCAAUCUUAAUUGUGGGUGCCCAAGUGGAAAAGUAGCAGGCCAUGGGUGUUUUGGUGCUCAACUUAUGUUCAGGCCCAAGUUUGUUGGAGAGGCUAUGGCAGCAAUUGCUUCAAAUUCCAGUGUCCCUGUCAGUGUGAAAUGUCGAAUUGGUGUUGAUGACCGUGAUACAUAUGACCAACUAUGUGAAUUUGUUGAUACAGUUUCCUCUUGUUCACCAACAAGGCAUUUCAUAAUACAUGCCAGAAAGGCACUGCUCAAAGGUCUCAAUCCUGCAGAAAAUAGGAGGAUUCCUCCCUUGAAAUACGAGUACUACUUUGGUCUGCUACGUGAUUUCCCUGAUCUACAGUUCACAAUAAAUGGAGGAAUAACAUGCAUAGAUGAGGUACUUGCUGCAAGAAGUCAAGGAGCUCAUGGAGUAAUGGUUGGUCGUGCUGCCUACAGGAACCCUUGGUCCAUGCUGGGCCACGUUGACAGCACAAUAUAUGGGUUGCCUGCUAGUACUAUCUCUCGUCGCCAGAUUAUUGAGAAGUUUCAGGGUUACAGUGAUUCUGUCAUUGGAAAAUAUGGGCCCAAUAGACCAAGUCUACGCUCGGUGGUUAAGCCAUUGCUAAAUAUUUUCCACUCAGAACCAGGAAAUAGCUUGUGGAAAUGCAAAGUAGAUGCUGCUAUGCGUCAAUGCAAGACAGUGAAAUCAUUGCUUGAGGAGACUCUUGAAGCAAUUCCGGACUCUAUUUUAGAUGCACCACUUGUCGGGCAGUCAGCUCAAUACCAAACUGCUGCUUUCACCGAUAUCCAUAGAUUGAUGCCCCUUCCCUACAAAGAAACAAGAAAGGAAGAAACUGUGUAUGCUUGAACAGCAGGCGCAAGAAUGGUAUUAUUAGGUUAACCGUGCAGCUUGUGUGCAUGUCUUCCUUCUGUGGGGUGUCGCUCUAGCUGUAGGGAACUCCUUUGUGCCUUGCUCGUGGCAUGCUAAUGUAAUUUAUAUGUAAAAUGACUCUUCAGGUAAGGCAUAGAUCGAAUUAUAUGUAUGUAUAUGUGAAAAUGCGCUUGACUUGGGGCUAUGCAUAGAUUUGAAUGAUUUGUCUGGACCUGCAUUAUCAUUUUUUGUGAACUAACACCAUGGAUGGAGGAAGGGCGAAACGAAAGGAAAGAAGAGUGGAAGAACAAAAAUAUCACAGAAACUUGUUUAUAUACGUUAGCUUCCUCUC